AUUUCUCAAGCAGGUCUCUUGGAGCCAAUAAGAUUGGCCAUUCCAUCCACAUUAUUCGUUUGUUAGUUCUCAUACCAUUUGGUAUGAUUAGGUACUUUGAAUUUAACAUUUUUAAUUAGUGAUCAGUUGAGCAGGAAGUCUGUCUGGGACAGCAUAGUAGUGAUUUAAAAUCUUACACCAAGAUGUCACCAUUAAAUUAUCUUAAAUUUACGAUUUUGGGCUUAUUUCAUAUAGUUGCAAUUAAUGGAACACUCUUUUCAAGCAUUAACAAUAACUAUUUACCACCAAUUGGUCUAAAUAUUAGAGGAGGAGGAGGAGGAGAUUUUAUCCCGCCUUUGUCGAAUUCAAAUUCGAAUCCUUUUCAAGUAGUUAACGAAUGGAAAUAUUUGGACUUUGAAUAUCCAACUUUUGCACGAAGGAGAUCAGCCAUCGCUAAAAACGAAUUUAUUCCCGAAAAUAAUUUGCCUUUGGGUAUCGAUGUCUAUGGCGAUCGAAUAUUUGUGACUACUCCCCGUUGGAAGGAUGGAGUUCCUGCUAGUUUAAGUGUACUGCCAUUCCCAUCCAAGGAACUUAGUCCAGCACUUCAGCCAUAUCCCAAUUGGGAGGAGCACGGAGAUCCUUAUAAUCCAGACUGUCGAAAACUCAUGUCCGUUUAUCGAGUUUCGAUUGAUGAGUGCUCACGAAUGUGGCUAAUCGAUGCCGGUGUGGUAAAUGCCACUGUUAGCUUGAAUCAAAUUUGUCCACCGAAAAUCUUGGCCUACGAUUUGAAUACGAACAAAAGAAUCCUCUCGUAUGAAUUGCCCGCCGAUCAAGUCAAACAGGAAUCAUUGCAUUCGAAUAUACUGGUCGAUGUGCGCAAUGGCAAGUGCGAAGAUGCCCAUGUUUAUGUGACGGAUGUGUGGCGUUUUGGCAUUGUCGUUUAUAGCUUGGCAAAGAAUCGCAGUUGGCGAACAACCAAUUAUAAUUUCAAUCCGAAUCCCAUUGCAUCGGAUUUCAAUGUGUAUGGAUUGAAUUUUCAAUGGUUGGAUGGUGUUUUCGGUUUGAGCUUAUCGCCAUUGAAUGAAUUGAAUGAUCGAAUUUUAUUCUUUCAUCCGAUGGCUAGUUAUAAGGAAUUCACUGUAUCGACGGCUAUUUUGAGGGAUGAAAACAAUUGGCCAAAUAAAGCUCAGGAUGUGGCCAAAAUGUUUUCGUCAAUUGGUAGUCGUGGGCGUGAUGGGCAGUCAUCGACAUCAGGAAUCGAUCGUAAUCAAGUAAUGUUUUAUACACAAGUUCAUCGGGAUGCAAUUGGAUGUUGGGACACACGCAAGCCCUAUAGACAAUCGAAUCUUGGACAGAUUGCUGCAAAUAGUUCGUUAAUUCAAUUUCCGAAUGAUUUGAAAGUCGACCGACAAGUUAGGCAGGGUGUGUGGGUGAUGAGUAAUCGAUUGCCAAUCUAUUUGUAUUCGAAACUCGAUUACAGUGAUGUAAAUUUUAGAAUUUUGAGGGCAAAUGUGGAGGAUGCUGUUGCUGGGACGAUUUGUGAUGCCAAUUUAGGUUCACCGAUAAAUGUCGGUGGUUCAAAAGGAGAUGAUGAUGAGUGUUAUUAAAUAAAGAUAUUUUUU